UCUUCUGCAUCUUAUUUCUCGAUCGGCUUCUUCUUCUCUGCACCUUAUUUCUCGAUCGGCUUCUUCUUCUCUGCACCUUACUUCUCGAUCGGCAUCUCCCAUGGCAUAGAGACUCUUUUCAACGCAUCGCUCCAACCAACUUGGGUACAGGAGGUAAACAUGAUUAAGAAGAAGAAGAAUUCAGCUAUGGCUCCAUUCACGCUGCAGAAAAGGGUAAGUUGCCUCUCCGGAGGUGUGCAACGGCAAUCUCAGCUGCGGCGGUCUCACUUGGCAGCUGCGGCGGUCUCGACAGCGGCGGUGGCGGCCUCGACAGCUGCGGCGGCCGUGCGGAGAAGGUAGGAUGUUGAAGGUGUCGGUGGUUUGGAUUUCAGGCUAUGUGCAUCGGCUAUGUGCAGAAGGUCAUGUGCAGAAGGUCGGAUACUGGAAGCGUUUUUUAUUUAUUUAGCCCUUAAUUUCAUUAAGGGCAAUUUUGUCUAAUCAGUUGGUUUUUGGUCCUAUAAAAUAUGAGAGUCCUAUUUGUGCAUUUGAACAUUGACUUGGUCCUAUUCAGGGAAUUACCUCAUAAAAAUAUUCUUUGACGGUUU